CUUAAGACAUAACCUACUCCACUCAAAUCUCAGUAUCACGCUAAUCCUCAACCCUCAAUCUCUAAUCUCUUCUUCAUCCUCUAUUCUCUUACAUACCCUACUACUACUACGUAUCAACGACAAAUACAAAAGAACAAAAUGUCAACCAAGAUGAUGAUCUUCGCUGCUUCAGCUUUAGCAAGUGCUGCUAUGGCAUCUGCUCAAGCUGCUCCUAUGUGGCAAUACUUUCCGACGGCAUGCGCAAGCGAUUGUUCUCAAACGAUCGAGUCUGCCUACCUUUGCGAGACUCAAUACACGUCGUCUACCACGGAUCAAUAUGCUUGUUUUUGUGAAGCAUUCCCUUCCGACGCGUCGGGUUGCGCCACUUGUUUAAACUCCAACAACGCAGCUGCAUUGGCUAAUUUACUCACUUCGACCGUAUCGGCUUGUCCCCAAGCCGAACAACAAUGUUUCUUCGAAUGCAGUUUCGAUACUUGUGCUUCAACUGACAUCGCUUGCCAAUGUGACGGCGCUUACCUCGAAAACAUCUACAACUGCGCUUCGUGCAACACUGCCAACAACAACACUGGUACUACCCAGAUUGCCGACUUCAACGCGCUUCAAUCGUCUUGUGCAGCUCAGAACUACACUGGAGCUUCGGAUUCAUUCACUACCGUCCCUCUUGCAUCUCCUACUGGUGAAGAUGCCUACUCUGCCCCUUCGCUGACCGCCACCGGUGGUGGAGAAGCAGCCACCGGAGAUCUCACAGCAUCUGGAGCUGCUACCGCCCAAAGCUCAGCUUCAUCCGGUACCGCCUCCGCCUCUGCGUCCGCCACCGGUUCAGCAUCGACCACUUCCAAAGCUUCCGCUUCUAAGACUUCAGCAUCCGCCACCAAAUCAGGCGCUUCUGCUUCUGCUUCAGCUUCCGGUACAUCAGGUGCGGGAAUGAACUUUGCUCCCAUUGGUGGAUGUCUCGCUUUGGCCGGUGCUGUUAUCGCUCUUCUUUGAACGACAUGACAUGAUGUCAACGUUGAUGAUUGUAUGGAAGAUCUGUCAAUGGAGAGAGGAAAAAGAGGAGGACAUAUUUCAAGGACUCUUGUUUUAACACGCAAUCAUAUUUUAAAUCUUAAACACCGUCUCAUUCGUAAUUGCUCUUUUCUUGUAUUAGCAAUUCACUGGGUAAUUGCGUGAUGCAUGCUGGUGUAUUUGUAU